CAAAAUGGCGCGACUGUAAAUAUUUAUAAAAAUUCAUCUUCAACUAAACCAGAUAAAAAAAACUGCACCAACCCUCUAGUUUACCAUGGCAAUAUAUUUAAGCAGUCUCAAACAGGCAGCUGUAGAUUUUGUCAUGGGUGGGACUACACAGCCUGACUGGAGCCAGCUGCCGAACGAGAUUCUGCUGCAAGUCUUCAGUUACCUUAGCAACAGCGACAAGUACCACGCCGCCCUCACCUGCAAGUCCUGGCUCCGUCCACUCUCAGUGCCGUCCCUGUGGCAGUCCGGAGAUUUUGUUUUUGACUGUAAAAGCGACGAAAAGGCCAUCCGGUUUGUUGACAUCACCGGCAAAACAUUACGUCAUAUUAAGGUAGAAUGUAAAAAACUUGAAAAUCUUCAAUUGGUAUUGGAAUACCACCCAUCUUGUUCAGAGAAGAUGUAUCUGUUUUUAGCCAGCCUUUUGAAUUCAGAGAAUCACCAGCUGUUGACCUUCAGACUGAAAAAUCUGAACAGUUUGGAAACGUAUUGCGGUGGGGAAAGGUCAACGCCGUUGUCUGAGGUCGCUAAACUCCUGAAGAGAUUCUUGAAAGUCCAGCGACAGCUUCGUGUCCUUGACCUUAGCAAUAGCGAAAAGUCUGUGAGGUUCUGUUUCAAGGAAAUUCUUACCGUGAGGCAAGGUUAG